AUGUCCCCGACUACCCCGACGGACUACAAUGCCCCUCCGCCCCUAACCCGCUCCUCCACCCUCCCCGCCGGCCUCAACGGCACCACCAACAUCACCACCACCAACGGCGCAUCCUCCACGACCAGCUCCAGCGUCACCCCGACGAACCUCCAGCCCCAGAACCGAUCCCACCUCGCCCCCGAAGAUGCCUUCCUAGCGACCUCCCCUCCCCGCCGCCCCGUGCAGUCCUUCCCGGACGCCGGCGUCGGCGCAGACCACCGCGCCGCCCGCGCCCGACUCCGUCACAACGCCGGCGGCCGCAACAGCAUCGACCCCCUCGCCGACGGCAUCCAGCACCGCUCCCGCUCCCGCCGCAGCCGCAAGCGCACCUGGAAGAAGCUCAUGUGGGUCAAGCAGAGCUACCCGGACAACUACACCGACCAGGCCACCUUCCUCGAGAGCCUGCAGCGCAACCCGCGCCUGCAGCCCUACGACUUCUGGCCCCUGGUCGCCGACUCCACCGUCAUCGUCCAGCACGUGUGCUCGGUGAUUGUGUUUAUCGUCUGCUUCGUCCUCAUCUUCCAGGAGCGCGUCUCGCCCGUGUCCAUCGUCUCGUGGGGCAGCCUGGCCACGCUGCUGGGCUGGCUGCUGUGGGAGCGCUGGGAGGCCGACGAGGAGCGCAUGGCCGUCGAGCGCGGCGUGAACGGCGUCGUCGAGCCGGGCGUGGUCACGAAGCGGCGGGAGACGGUCAGCCGGAGGACGGGGAGCAUGCCGCGGCGUCCGCCGUCGCAAGUCGACGAGUCUUCCACGGCCACCACGGCCACGAGCUCCGUGACGAACCUCUCCACGAGCGCCGAGCGUCUGCCGCGGCACUCGCACUCCGCCUCCGCGAGCUCCCUCAUCUCCUCCACCUCGGCCACCUCCCAGCCCGCCUCGUACCGCCGGCACAGCCAGGAAGUGGUGUCGAGCAGCAGCAACCCGCCGCUGCCGCGCCGCGCCUCCUUCCCACUGCCCGGCGACGACACCUCCCGCGUCCACCAGCGCUUCGGCACCAUCAAGAGCGCCAUCCUCAUCUACUCGACGCUGCUCGGCCUCUCGCCCAUCCUCAAGUCGCUCACGCGCUCCACCUCCAGCGACAGCAUCUGGGCCAUGUCCUUCUGGCUGCUCGCCAUCAACAUCUUCUUCUUCGACUACUCGGGCGGCGUGCGUGUCAACAUCCCCGCCUCGCUGUCCACCAACGCCGCCCUCAUGGCCUCCACCGUGCUCGCCAGCCGGCUGCCCUCCACCGGCCAGGUGUUCAGUCUGACGCUCUUCAGCAUCGAGGUGUUUGGCCUGUUCCCCGUCUUCCGGCGCUACGCGCGCCACCGCAGCUGGGGGUACCACUACGCCAUGACGGUGUUUCUGGUUCUCGGCGCUGGCGCGGGUGUGGGCAUCAUCCUGGGCGACCACAACGGCGCCGGCGGGUGCUGCUGGCCGUGGAAGAGCGCGUGUAUUGGCAUGGUUGUUAGUGUGCUCAUUGCGGCGAUUGCGAUGGGAGGGUGUAGUUGGUGGCUGAUUGGGUUGCAAAAGUACAAGAAUGAGAUUUACGGCCCGUGGGACCCCGCGAGGCCUAUUAUUAUGAGUCGACGACUGUGGGACGAUGGUUGA